AUGCUUCAGGAAGUGAAUGCUGAUUCAAAUCGACAAGAAAGACAAGCUCUUCCUUAUUCCAAUUUCGUCUGUACUAGAGAAGGAUUCAACGCAGAUCCAAAUAGUUGCAAGGUAUUUUACCGAUGUAUAGGUAACGGCAAAGGUGGUUACACACCCAUACGUUUUGAAUGCGGUGAAGGAACAGUUUUUGAUCCCGCAACAACCACCUGUAAUUAUCCUUAUGCUAGCAGCAGAGAAGAAUGUGGAGGAAAUGCUAUUGAGGAAAUAUAUAAACCGAUAUCAGUACCAAUCCAAUCAUCUACAACUGUAACAGUUGCUGUAACCCAAGCAACCGUUGAUUAUUCUAACCCUCUUGCAGGUGUAUGCUCACAGGAAGGCUUUGUAGGAGAUUCCAAAGAUUGUAAAAAGUUUUACAGAUGCGUAUUCAAUGGUCAAGGAAGUUUUAUCAAAUAUGAAUUUAGUUGUGGUACAGGUACCGUAUGGGAUCCACAAAUAUCGUCAUGUAAUUUCCCAGCAGCAGCCAAUAGACCAAACUGUCUUGAGGAACAAGGUACCACGCCCAUUCUUGUUAGAGCUUCAAGUAACAAUAUACAAAACUUUACUUCCUCUAAUCAAAAUUCUUCAUCCUCAUCCCAGCAAAGCUUUCAGAAUUUUACCAGUAGUAGCAGUAGUUUUAAUAAUUCCUCAAGUUCCUCCUCCAGCAGUAGUUCUAGUUCCAGUAGUAGUAGCUCUUCCUCCAGUAGCAACUCUCAACAAGACAAUAACCAAACUGGUUCAAAUACAUCAAAUUUCACAGGGCAAAAUUCUUCAAGUUCUAACCAAGGAAGUAGUAGCUCCUCUUCAAACCAAAAUCAACAGAACCAACAAAGUUCAAGUUCAUCCAACCAAAAUCAACAAAACCAACAAAAUUCUGGAAGUCAACAAGGAGCAAAUGCAUCUAAUCAAAAUCAACAAAAUCAGCAAAGUUCAGGAAGUCAACAAGGCUCUAGUUCAUCAAGUAACAAUCAACAAAGUUCAGGAAGUCAACAAGGUUCAAGUUCCUCUAAUCAAAAUCAACAAAACCAACAAAGUUCAGGAAGUCAACAAGGAUCUAGUUCAUCUACCAACAAUCAACAAAACCAACAAGGUUCAAGUUCUUCCUCGUCAAGCUCCUCCAAUCAAAAUCAACAAAACCAACAAAGUUCAGGUAGUCAACAAGGGUCAAGUUCAUCUAGUAACAAUCAGCAAAAUCAACAAAAUUCAGGAAAUCAACAGGGGACAAGUUCAUCUAAUCAAAAUCAACAGAACCAACAAAGUUCAGGUAGCCAACAAGGAUCUAGUAACAAUCAACAAAACCAACAAAAUUCUGGAAGUCAACAAGGAGCAAGCUCCUCUAAUCAAAAUCAACAAAACCAACAAAGUUCAAAUUCUUCCUCCUCAAGUUCCUCUUCCUCAAGUUCAUCUUCCUCAAAUUCCUCUAAUCAAAAUCAACAAAACCAACAAGGUUCUGGAAGUCAACAGGGGUCAAGUUCCUCUAACCAAAAUCAACAAAACCAACAAAGUUCGGGUUCUUCCUCCUCAAGUUCCUCCAAUCAAAAUCAACAAAACCAACAAAAUGCAGGUAGUCAACAGGGAACAAGUUCCUCAAACCAAAAUCAACAAAAUCAACAAAGUUCAGGAAGUCAACAAGGAUCUAGUUCAUCCACCAACAAUCAACAAAACCAACAAGGUUCAAGUUCUUCCUCGUCAAGCUCCUCCAAUCAAAAUCAACAGAACCAACAAAGUUCAGGUAACCAACAAGGAUCUAGUUCAUCGAGUAACAAUCAGCAAAAUCAACAAAGUUCAGGAAGUCAACAGGGAACAAGUUCCUCUAAUCAAAAUCAACAGAACCAACAAAGUUCAGGUAGCCAACAAGGAUCUAGUUCAUCAAGUAACAAUCAGCAAAAUCAACAAAGUUCAGGAAGUCAACAAGGAUCAAGCUCAUCCAACCAAAAUCAACAAAACCAACAAGGAUCAAAUUCUAAUUCAAGCAACAAUCAACAAAACCAACAAAGUUCUGGAACUCAACAGGAGUCAAGUUCUUCUAAUCAAAAUCAACAAAACCAACAAAGUUCUGGUAGUCAACAGGGAUCUAGUUCAUCCAAUAACAAUCAACAAAACCAACAAAAUUCGGGAAGUCAACAAGGAUCGGGUUCCUCAAAUCAAAAUCAACACAACUCUUCGACGUCCAACGUAAAUCAGCAAAAUCAGCAAGGAUCUUCGUCAAACCAGAAUCAACAGAAUCAACAAGGUUCUUCAAGCACUUCCUCAAACCAAAAUCAACAAAACCAGCAAGGUUCAGGUACAUCCAAUCAGAACCAACAAAAUCAACAAAAUUCGUCAGGUUCCAGUCAAAACCAACAGAACCAACAAGGUUCUAAUACUUCCAACCAGAAUCAACAAAAUCAACAAAACUCUUCGGGCUCUUCAACAAAUCAAAACCAGCAAAACCAACAAAAUGCAUCAGGCUCGAACCAGAAUCAACAAAAUAAUCAGAAUCAACAAGGUUCUACUCAGAACCAGCAAAACUCAAAUGAAGCCCAAAACUCUGGCCAAAUAUCUAACAAUAGAUGUAUUAAAGAAGGUUUUGCUAAAGAUGACGAAGACUGUAAGAAAUUUUACAGAUGUGUAAAUGAUGGUAAAGGACAAUUAAUUAAGUAUGAAUUUACUUGUCCUGAAGGAACGGUUUGGGAUCAAACUGCGCUUUCUUGUAACUAUCCCUCUGCAGUAACUGGCAAAUGCUCACAGCCCACACAUUCACAUCCUACUGAGACUGGUGAAAGUAGUAAUCAGAACCAACAAGGUAACGGAAACCAAAAUCAAAAUCAACAAGGUUCAGGCAACCAAAAUCAACAAAGUACUGGUGGUGAAGGCCAACAAAACUCUAGCAAUCAAAAUCAACAGAGCGGUAGUAACCAAAAUCAACAAGGUUCUGGCAACCAAAACCAACAAGGAGGAAAUAACCAAAAUCAACAAAGUUCCGGCAACCAAAAUCAAUCAGGCGCUAGUAACCAAAAUCAACAAGGUUCUGGAAACCAAAACCAACAGGGUGGAAGUAACCAAAAUCAGCAGAAUGGUAGUAACCAAAAUCAACAAGGAUCUGAAAACCAAAAUCAACAGGGUAGCGGUACUCAAAACCAGCAAGGUUCCAAUAAUCAAAAUCAGCAAGGAUCUGGAAACCAACAAACUACAACUGAGCAGCAAAAUUCUGGACAAAUUUCUAACAACAAAUGUGUUAAAGAAGGAUUUGCCAAAGAUGAAAAAGACUGUAAGAAAUUUUAUAGAUGCGUAAGUGAUGGUAAGGGACAAUACAUUAAAUAUGAAUUUACUUGCGGCGAGGGAACGGUUUGGGACCAAGAUUCACUUUCUUGUAAUUAUCCGUCAGCAGUAACAGGCGAAUGUUCGAAACCCACACAACCUCAGUCUACUGGAGUCAGCCAAGACAAAGACCAGAACCAACAAGGUUCUGGCAAUCAAAAUCAACAAGGCGGUGGUAACCAAAAUCAACAAGGCAGUGGAAAUCAAAAUCAACAAGGAUCGGGCAACCAAAAUCAACAGAACGGUACUAACCAAAGUCAACAAGGUUCUGGUAAUCAAAACCAACAAGGUGGUGGCAAUCAAAACCAACAAGGGGGUGAAAACCAAAACCAACAAGGAUCAAACAAUCAAAACCAACAGGCUGGUAGCAAUCAAAAUCAACAGAAUGGUAAUAACCAAAAUCAACAAAGCUCUGGCAACCAAAAUCCACAGGGCGGUAAUAACCAAAAUCAACAAGGCAAUGGAAAUCAAAAUCAACAAGGAUCUGGAGGCCAAAAUCAACAGGGUAGCGGUAAUCAAAACCAGCAAGGAUCUGGUCACCAACAAACUACAACUGAGCAGCAAAAUUCUGGACAAAUUUCUAAUCAUAAAUGUAUUAAAGAAGGAUUUGCCAAAGAUGAUAAGGACUGUAAGAAAUUUUAUAGAUGUGUCAGUGAUGGUAAAGGGCAAUAUAUCAAAUAUGAAUUUAAUUGCGCUGAAGGAACAGUUUGGGAUCAAGAGGCACUUGCUUGUAAUUAUCCUUCAGCAGUAACUGGCAAAUGUUCACAACUCUCGCAAUCACCAUCUAACGGAGCAGGUGAAGUAAAUAAUCAAAACCAACAGGGAUCCGGAAACCAAAAUCAACAAGAUUCUGGCAACCAAAAUCAACAGGGCGGAGAAAACCAAAAUCAACAAGGCAGUGGAAAUCAAAAUCAACAAGGAUCGGGCAAUCAAAAUCAGCAGAAUGGCACCAAUCAAAGUCAACAAGGUUCCGGUAAUCAAAACCAACAGGGUGGUGGCAACCAAAACCAACAGGGCGGUGAUAACCAAAACCAACAAGGCAAUGGAAAUCAAAAUCAGCAAGGCAAUGGAAAUCAAAAUCAACAAGGAUCUGGAGGCCAAAAUCAACAGGGUACCGGUAAUCAAAACCAGCAAGGAUCUGGUCACCAACAAACUACAACUGAGCAGCAAAAUUCUGGACAAAUUUCUAAUCAUAAAUGUAUUAAAGAAGGAUUUGCCAAAGACGAUGACGACUGUAAGAAAUUUUAUAGAUGUGUCAGUGAUGGUAAAGGGCAAUAUAUCAAAUAUGAAUUUAGUUGCGCUGAAGGAACAGUUUGGGAUCAAGAGGCACUUGCUUGUAAUUAUCCUUCAGCAGUAACUGGCAAAUGUUCACAACUCUCGCAAUCACCAUCUAACGGAGCAGGUGAAGUAAAUAAUCAAAACCAGCAGGGAUCCGGAAACCAAAAUCAACAAGGUACCAGUAAUCAAAAUCAACAAGGUAAUGGUAACCAAAGUCAACAGGGUGGUGAAAACCAAAAUCAACAAGGCAGUGGAAAUCAAAAUCAACAAGGAUCAGGCAAUCAAAAUCAACAGAACGGUACUAACCAAAGUCAACAAGGUUCAGGUAAUCAAAACCAACAGGGUGGUGGCAACCAAAACCAACAGGGCGGUGAUAACCAAAACCAACAAGGUUCAGGAAGUCAAAACCAACAGGGUAGUAGCAAUCAAAAUCAACAGAAUGGUAAUAACCAAAAUCAACAAAGUUCUGGCAACCAAAGUCAACAGGGCGGUAAUAAUCAAAAUCAACAAGGCAAUGGAAAUCAAAAUCAACAAGGCAAUGGAAAUCAAAAUCAACAAGGCAAUGGAAAUCAAAAUCAACAAGGAUCUGGAGGACAAAAUCAACAGGGUAGCGGUAAUCAAAACCAACAAGGAUCUGGUCACCAACAAACUACAACUGAGCAGCAAAAUUCUGGACAAAUUUCUAAUCAUAAAUGUAUUAAAGAAGGAUUUGCCAAAGACGAUGACGACUGUAAGAAAUUUUAUAGAUGUGUCAGUGAUGGUAAAGGGCAAUAUAUCAAAUAUGAAUUUAGUUGCGCUGAAGGAACAGUUUGGGAUCAAGAAGCACUUGCUUGUAAUUAUCCUUCAGCAGUAACUGGCAAGUGUUCACAACUCUCGCAAUUACCAUCUAACGGAGCAGGUGAAGUAAAUAAUCAAAACCAGCAGGGAUCCGGAAACCAAAAUCAACAAGGUACCAGUAAUCAAAAUCAACAAGGUAAUGGUAACCAAAAUCAACAGGGUGGUGAAAACCAAAAUCAACAAGGCAGUGGAAAUCAAAAUCAACAAGGAUCAGGCAAUCAAAAUCAACAGAACGGUACUAACCAAAGUCAACAAGGUUCAGGUAAUCAAAACCAACAGGGUAAUGGCAACCAAAACCAACAGGGCGGAGAUAACCAAAACCAACAAGGUUCAGGCAAUCAAAACCAACAGGGUAGUAGCAAUCAAAAUCAACAGAAUGGUAAUAACCAAAACCAACAAGGUUCUGGCAACCAAAAUCAACAGGGCGGUAAUAACCAAAAUCAACAAGGCAAUGGAAAUCAAAAUCAACAAGGAUCUGGAGGCCAAAAUCAACAGGGUAGCAGUAACCAAAACCAACAAGGAUCUGGUCAUCAACAAACUACAACUGAGCAGCAAAAUUCUGGUCAAAUUUCUAAUAAUAAAUGUAUUAAAGAAGGAUUUGCAAAAGAUGAAAAAGACUGUAAGAAAUUUUAUAGAUGUGUUAGUGAUGGUAAAGGGCAAUAUAUCAAAUAUGAAUUUAGUUGUGCUGAAGGAACGGUUUGGGAUCAAGAUGCUCUGGCUUGUAAUUAUCCUUCAGCAGUAACUGGCAAAUGUUCACAGCCCUCGCAGUCACAAUCUAACGGAGAAGGUGAAGUCAAUAAUCAAAGUCAACAGGGAUCUGGAAACCAAAACCAACAAGGAUCCAAUAAUGGUAAUCAAAAUCAACAAGGUAACGGUAACCAAAAUCAACAAGGUUCUGGCAACCAGAACCAACAGGGUGGUGGAAACCAACAUGGCAAUGGUAACCAAAAUCAACAAGGUUCCGAAAAUCAAAAUCAACAAAGCGGUAGUAACCAAAACCAACAAAAUAAUGGCAACCAAAAUCAACAAAAUAACCAAAGCCCACAGGACAAUGGUAACCAAAAUCAACAAGGCUCCGGUAACCAAAACCAACAGAGCGGGGAUAACCAAAACCAACAGGGUAAUGGUAACCAAAACCAACAGGCUAAUGGUAACCAAAACCAACAAAACGGUGGUAACCAAAAUCAACAAGGAAGCAAUCAAAACCAACAAAACACAUCUGAGCAGCAAAAUUCUGGCCAAGUGUCUAACAAUAAAUGUGUUAAAGAAGGAUUUGCUAAAGACGAAAAGGACUGUAAGAAAUUUUACAGAUGUGUAAGUGAUGGUAAAGGCCAAUACAUUAAAUACGAGUUUACCUGCGCUGAAGGGACUGUUUGGGACCAAGCUACGCUUGCGUGUAACUAUCCCUCAGCAGUAACUGGCGAUUGCUCACAAUCAUCUCCGUCACCAUCCAAUGGAAAUAAUCAGAACCAACAAGGUUCUGGUAACCAAAACCAACAAGGCAGUGAUAACCAAAAUCAACAAGGUAAUGGGAACCAAAAUCAACAAGGGGGUGAAAACCAAAACCAACAAGGUUCAGGCAAUCAAAAUCAACAGGGUGGUAGCAAUCAAAAUCAACAGAAUGGUAAUAACCAAAAUCAACAAAGCUCUGGCAGCCAAAAUCAACAGGGCGGUAAUAGUCAAAAUCAACAAGGUAAUGGAAACCAAAAUCAACAGGGUAAUGGUAACCAAAAUCAACAGGGCAGUGGUAAUCAAAACCAAGGAGGGUCCAAUAAUCAAAAUCAACAAAGUACUGAAAACCAACAACAACAGGGAACUGGUAACCAAAACCAACAAAGUAAUGGGAACCAAAAUCAACAAGGAUCUGGAAACCAAAACCAACAGGACAAUGGAAGUCAAAAUCAAAAUGGUAGCGGUAAUCAAAAUCAACAAGGUUCCGGUAAUAACAAUCAACAGGGAACACAAAAACCAAAUAAUUCGGGUAGUACUGGAUUAGUUACAAACAAAAAAUGUGUUAAAGAAGGUUUUGCAAAAGAUGGUGAUGAUUGUAGAAAAUUCUAUAGAUGUGUUAACAACGGUAAAGGCGGAUACGACAAAUAUGAGUUUACUUGUCCCGAUGGAACUGUUUGGGAUGAAACAAAUCUUUCUUGCAACUGGCCAUUUGCAGUUGCAGGGAAAUGUGGACAAUUAGAGUCCAUCAACAGUAACCAAAACAGUAGUAACCAACAAAAUGGUCCCAACAAUAGCAACAACCAACAAAAUACUGGCACUAAUUCCAAUCAAGAUAAUAACCAACAGAGUGGUGAAUCAAACAAUAAUAAUCAGCAGAAUAUCGGUGAUGGUUCAAAUCAAAACAACAAUCAACAAAGUAACGCAUCAAAUCAAAAUAAUCAACAAAAUGCAGGAAACGGAUCAAGUCAACAAAAUAAUCAAGUAGGAAAUGGAUCUAAUGAUAAUAAUCAACAAAAUACGGGUAAUAAUUCUAGUCAACAAAAUAAUCAGCAAGGUAGUGGAACGAAUAGUAAUAACCAACAAAACACUGGUAAUGGAUCAAAUCAGAACAACAAUCAGCAGGGUACUGGAUCAAAUCAAAACACUCAACAAAAUGCAGGAAAUAAUUCGAAUCAGCAGAAUAAUCAAGGUGGUACAUCCAAUGGUAAUAACCAACAGAAUGUAGGUGAUGGAUCAAAUCAGAACAACAAUCAGCAAAAUAAUGGAUCAAAUCAAAACAAUCAACAAAAUGCAGGCGACGGAUCGAACCAGCAAAAUAAUCAAAGUGGAAGUGGUUCUAACCAAAAUAAUCAACAAAACACAGGAGAUAAUUCCAGUCAACAAAAUAAUCAACAAGGUGGCGGAUCCAAUAAUAAUAACCAACAAAACAUCGGUGACGGUUCGAAUCAAAACAACAAUCAACAGGGAACUGGAAAUAAUGGAAAUAAUCAACAAAAUGCCGGUAGUGGAACAAAUCAAAACAACAAUCAAGGAAAUAACCAACAGGGAUCAUCUAACCAACCAAAUGUUUCAAGUGGAGUAGGAAGUACUUGUUCUAAAGAAGGCUUUUUAGGAGAUCCAAACGACUGCAGAAAAUUUUAUAGAUGUGUUUCGAAUGGACAAAAUGGAUACAUAAGGUACGAAUUUUCUUGUGGAAAAGAAACCGUAUGGGAUCCCAAUAGCAUCACCUGCAAUUAUCCAUGGGCUGUAACGGGAAAAUGUUAUUCUGCUACUGUUCCUUCAGGUCCUACAGCCACAGAGGACCCAAUUUACACCAUCGAACCGCCAGAAAUUGUCAGUGUCACCAACGGACCCGAGCAGCCCGUAGAACCAAUAAUCACACCAGCUACUGAAGCUCCAGUGGGCACUGUAACGAAACCGUGCCCCAUUGGCGAGCUCGAAGGCAAUCAAUUAACCUUAAUCUGUCCAACCGGUUUCCGAAGACACCCAAGAUACUGCAACCUGUUUUACCAAUGUACUACGAGCAAAAAUGGACAUGACUUUAAAGUACUAGUAUUAAGCUGUCCCGAAGGAUUAAUAUUCGACGACAAAAAGGUGCAAUGCUUACCUCAGAAUGAAACUAGUACUUGCCAAGGCGAAAUUGCAUCCAGUACUCUUUAUAGAACCCUGGAAGCAAAUUCUAUACCACCAUUGCAGAUAUACAAAAAAGAUACUAUGUGUCCCUCAGAUGGAAACUAUCUCCUAGAUCCAUCAGCUUGCAGCAAUAACUUCAUCAAGUGUGAAAAAUCGAAUAGCUCAUCUCGAAUGGAAGGAUAUAUGUACAAGUGUCCCGAAGGAUUCUCGUUCUGGAGAAUCAGCCGAAGAUGUGAACGAAAUUAUAGACUUCUAGACUGUGGAAAUCUUAACAACGAAAACUCUAACUGGGAUAUGCCCAUCGAAUACGAAAACGUCUCUUUAAGAAGACGGAAAAGUGCGUAUGCUGAGUGGUAA